AAAAACUGGCUGGCUCAGCCCUGGGCAGGACCAGCCCCAUGUGCGGCGGCUCCUCAGCCCCUGGCAGCCUCUGGAGGAGGAAGAAACCUCUCCUCGCCCUGCCCCACAGCCCUGCUCAGCGCGGCCGGGGGGAACCAGGGCUCCCCGGCCCCCCGCCCCGCCGCUACCACCCAUGGCCGAGGAGAAGACGUUUCGCUACGGGUUCAUCAUGCUGGGCUUCUUCCUGGUGAUGACGGGCAUGUUCAUCAUGAGCGUGGAGAAGCCCCAGAUCUACAUCACCUUCUGCGCCGUGGGCGUGCUGCUCGUCGCCGUGGGCAUCACCUGGAGCAUGUGCCAGUGCUACCCGCGGGUAACGUUCGUCCCCGUACACCCCGAGGCCGAGUGGUUCCUGGCUGACAAACCCACGGUGCCGACAGAGAAGAACAGCCCGGGGAAGCUCUGCCCGCAGGCUCCCUACAGCAGUGCCUACGAGAAGAGCCUGCCCUCCUACGAGCAGGUCCAGAGGCAGGCGUCGGCGCAGCCCCGGCCCCGCAGCUGCUCCCAGCCGGCCGUGCAAGCGAAAGCAGAGGUGCACCGGGAGCUGGGGGGCGGCCAGGACCCCCCCCAGGAGCCACAACCCCGUCCGGAGACCAGCAGCUGCCUGCUUUGUCCCCACAGCCCCCCCCGGACACCCCCAGAGGACCGCGCCGCUGGCGUCCCUCCUGGAGGACCUGGACACGGCGUCGCUGGAGAGCUCCGUGCCCAGCACCCCCGUGCCACGGGGCCGGACCCCUGGAUCCCCAAAAAAAGCCACGGGGCAGGAGGACGACCUCUACUACGGGCUGAGGGAAGGGCCAGACGCUCUGCCUGAGGACAGCGAUCGCCUUUUUGAGCCCGAGAACUGAUGUCCUGGGGGGGGACGGCUGCUUGGCACGGAGGUGUCGCGUGGAGGGGGCGCAGCGCCUAGGAGAGGGGCUGGGGCUGACCCCAAAAUGCAGUGCUGGUGGAGUGGAGGAGCCCCGGCACCCACCCAGCUGUUUGGGAGGGCUGUGGGGUGGGCAUGGGGAGGUGUGAAUGCCAGCCUGGGCAGGAUCCGGGCUGAGGAGUGUGUUUGGGAAGGGGAGAGGAACCUGGCUUUGCCGCUUGAAGCAGGCGCAGCGGUUAGGUGGGCAGAGCCUUUUCCCCACUUAUCAAACCCUCCCCCCAAAUAAAAGCCAGACUCUGAGACUGACA